GAGUCAUCAUAAUUUAAGAAUCAAAGCUCGGAGCAUCCAGGAAAAUCAGGAAUCACCCCACGACCUGAGAGGAGUUUAUUUAUGCCGUGGAUUAAAAUGGGUUCAGAGGAGAGCGCGCGGUGUCUGCUGGACGCGGCGGCCGCUCAGCGUUGGAUCACAGAGACUCUGAGCAGCAUCAGGACCGCUCGAGCGGUGCGGGCAGGAGCGGUGCUCGGACCCUGUGCUGGAGCUCACAGCAUCGCCUUCAUCGCCUGCAAGUGCUCGGACAGACGAGCCGCCGCCUGCGUGCUCCAGAUCGACCCAUCAGAAUCCAGUGAAUAUCUGCAAAUGGUUCAGUCUGCAAGGAAUUCGGAGGAACAAAAUCUAGAGGCGUAUAUGAAGAACGGACAUCUCUAUUUUAGAGCCAUAAAGGACAUUCCUGAACACACAGAGCUUUUGGCUUGGUAUGGGAGAGAUCUAGCCAAACUGCUUGGCCUCAGCACUGAACGAAAGAACACAACAGGGUUCAUUUGCUUUCAGUGCAAACAGAAAUUCCUCUUUGAAUUCCCUCUUCUGGCACACCAGAGGUUCUUCUGCACAGAGAAACCCACAAACUUUCUAAAUACAUUCACCAGGCCCGAAAUCCAUCCACAGAGUAACAAACCCACCACAGACUUUCACAACUUAGCACGAGAGCUGGAGAACUGCAGGAAAAACAAAGAUACAAAAAACACCAAACGAAGACAUUCUCUGGAAUCAGACUCAGAUGAGAGCGACAGCGAACCCUCAUCGUUGGAUGGAGAUAAAAAGGUAUCAGUGAAAAGGUUUCGUCUAAAUGGAGUGAAUAGCCAUUCCUGGUCGUCAUCCAGCAAAACGUCUUUCAGCGGGAGUUCAAAUUCUCAGUUCAGCCCAACAAAGAGCCAUGACAACCCCACAGCAGAUCCAGACAGCGAGGAUUUAAGGUGUAACAAAAGAGUAACAAAGUCUGAAUUCUCCUCAAAAAAGUUGCCUGAUGUUCCAGAUGACCUGAAAAGUGCAUUUAAGCAACCUCCUCGCAUAACAUCCCAUAUCCCACUUCUAUCAGCCAGUUUUCCCAAAAACUCAACAUCAGUCCUUCCCAACAUUCUACCUCUCAACUUCCAGAGCUCUACUGUUCUAUAUAAGGAAAUUCCCAAACAGUUGGCUCUCAUUCCCAGUGCAAACCUUUGGCCUAAAACAUCCCGACAGCCGCCUACUCCUCCUCUUCAGUCGCUGUUACCUCGCCCUCUGUCGUCUUCUAUUGGUUUACCCAUGCAAAACUGGUGUGCUAAAUGUAAUAUCUCCUUCCAUAUGACUUCAGACCUGGUGCAGCACAUGAGGUCCCACCACAAGACGGCGCUGUCUGUCGAGAAACAAAACAGACGAGGAGACGAAAGGCUGAAGUGCCAAAUAUGCAACGAGGCGUUCAGAGAGCGCCAUCAUCUCUCACGUCACAUGACCUCUCAUAUGUAGCCCAUGAGAAAAAAACAUCGCACAAAAACUUAGUAAACAGAAAUAAUAUAUCAUGAAGUGGGUAACUUGUGUGUGCCCUAAUGCUAUUUAAGGGUGUACACCACAGGUGUCAAACUGGAGGGCCAUAGCUCUGCACAGUUUUGCUCCAACCUUAAUUAAACACACCUGAUCCAAUUAAUUGUCCUUCAGGCUUGUUUGGAACGAACAAGUAGGUGUGUUGGACCAGAUAUUGGAACUAAACAGUGCAGGGCUUGAUACCCCAUGAGGUUACAAGAGAGCAUUUGAAAAGGGCAGAAAAUAGAUUAUUCUUGCUAAAAAAUAAUUUAAUUUAUUUAAGUAAUUAUUUACUAUAAGUUAUUUACUAUUUAAUCAUUUAGUAUUUAAAUAUAGUAAUUUAAGAAUUUUAAAAAGUGAUUUCAGACUCAGACAUGCAAACCCUGAAAAGUCUUAAAACUACCUACUACAAGUAGCUUUUCUUUUUGUUUUGUAGGUGUGUUUUAAAAAUGAAUAUGAUUAGAUGGUUUUAGAAUUAAGUAAUAGUGUUUGUAUUAUUAUUAAAUAAAAUAUUUGGGUAACUCUGCCAAAAAAUAGCCAAUUUAUUUGAUAUUUUUAAAAAUAUAUUUUUAAUAACACUGUAUUUUAUCUUUCGUGCCCAUUUGGGAUGUGUGUUAACUAAUUUUGUGGGGGGGGAUGCUGUAUAAAUGAAUAUAGUUCAAUGCUAUUAGUUUUAUUUUUAAUAAAAUAAAAGCAAAGCUUUUUGUGAA